AGCCCUCCACCCUCCUCUCCUGCUCCCUCGUCCCCUCUCUCCGCCUCGGCGCCUCCUCGUCCUCGUCCUCGUCCUCGUCAUCCCCUUCACAGCAUCAUCACCAUCAACGCCGUGGGAUACUCUUCCUUCCUCUUCCGCCAUCGUCGUCUUCUUCGAGGAGGGGGAGGGGGAGGGAGGAGAGUGUACCGGCAAUCUCAGGCGCAGAGUAAAUCACCGGCGAUCCCCGUGAAGGAGAUCGCAUCGGUUGUCGCACCCGCCGGAGCAUUUCUCGCUAUCACCUUUGUCCUGUGGAAAGUGGUCGAGAAAGUCCUUGUGCCAAAACCAAAGAAUUCAACUUCUGGAGAAAACAAAUCUUCGUCAACUGGAUUCAAAUGGUCCUUCGCCGCUGGGUCUAAUUUGCUAUCGGGUUCUAAUUUGAAGAUUGAAAGAGAGUCAAAACAGAAGCUGAAUGAGUUUGCCAAAGAACUAAGGUCAUUUAGAAGUGUUGACAUGUCAGGUCGUAACUUUGGGGACGAUGGCCUAUUCUUUCUUGCCGAAAGUCUUGGUUACAAUCAGAGUGCGGAGGAAGUGGACUUCUCUGGCAAUAGCAUAACAGCAGCUGGAUUAAAAGCUUUUGAUGGUAUUCUUCAAAUAAAUACCACUCUUAAAUCUCUCAACCUUUCUGGCAAUGCCAUUGGCGAUGAGGGAGCCAAGUGCCUUUCAGAUAUUUUGGCGGGAAAUGCAGGUCUUCAAAAACUCCAGCUGAACAGUACUGGUAUUGGGGAUGAGGGAGCAAAGGCCAUUGCAGAGAUGCUGAAAAAGAAUUCUACUUUGCGUGUUUUGGAACUUAACAACAACAUGAUUGAAUAUAGCGGCUUUGCAAGUCUUGCUGGAGCACUUCUUGAGAACAAUACAAUUCGGUCAAUACAUCUCAAUGGGAACUAUGGUGGAGCUCUAGGUGCAGCAAGUUUAGCAAAGGGAAUUGAAGGAAACAAGUCUCUAAGGGAACUUCACUUACAUGGAAAUGAUAUUGGAAAUGAGGGGGUGCGAGCGCUAAUGGUGGGAUUGUCUAGCCAUAAAGGGAAAGUAACACUUAUAGAUCUUGGCAACAAUGAGAUUGGCUCAAAAGGUGCUUUCCAUGUUGCUGAGUAUAUUAAGAAAACAAAGUCCUUGCUGUGGUUGAAUCUUUACAUGAAUGACAUAGGUGAUGAGGGAGCUGAAAAGAUUGCAGAUGCUUUAAAGCAGAACCGAACUAUAACUACCAUAGAUUUGGGUGGUAAUAAUAUUCAUUCAAGUGGCGCAAGUGCAAUAGCCAGGGUUUUAAAGGACAAUUCUGUCCUGAGCACGUUGGAGUUAGGGUACAAUCCCAUAGGACCUGACGGGGCAAAGGCUUUAUGCGAAGUUCUCAAGUUCCAUGGGAAAGUAGAGAUACUAAAGCUUGGCUGGUGUCAGAUAGGAGCAAAGGGUGCAGAGUACAUUGCAGAUUGUUUGAAGUACAAUACGACGUUGCAGACUUUGGACCUACGAGCAAAUGGACUUGGAGAUGAUGGUGCAGUAUGCUUGGCAAGCAGCUUAAAGAUAGUUAAUGAAGCUUUGACAUCACUCGAUUUGGGCUUUAAUGAGAUAAGAGAUAGGGGAGCAUUUGCUCUCGCACAAGCACUUAAGGCGAAUGAAGAUAUCGCUGUCACAUCCUUAAACCUUACAAGCAAUUUCCUUACCAAAUACGGACAGGUUGCCUUAACUGAGGCUCGUGACUUCGUAUACGAGAUGAAUGAAAAGGAGAUCAACAUAUACUUUUAGCUGCCUCUGACUUGCCCCUCUCUCUCUGUCUUUACCCUGCCUUGUGGUAAAUGCUCGAAAAUAUACUGGCCGUGCUGAGCAAGUUGUAAUGUUGUUUUGUGCGAUGCAAAAGGGGAUCUGAUCAAACUCGGUUUUUUGUUCGGAGAGGAAAAUGUUUCAUCAGCGAGAGCAUAUAGCAUGCACAGCUGCUUCAAGUUUUGGUUUUUUUUUUUUUAUUUUUUGUGUUUGGGUGAGUCGAUGUUAGCAUUUCCUUUUUGACAUAUAAUUUUCCAACUUUUUGGAUUAUUCUUAGAAAUAGCUUUUUUUCUUUUCAGAGACUAGAAUUUCAAAUUUGUUAUGAAGAGCACUACGGACAAUCUUGCUGUAAGAGAUUUAAAGUGUUAAAAUUCCAGUUUAUUGAAUCGUCUGAGAAA